CCAUCUACCCCUCUUCUUUCUCCUCCCCCUCUCCCUGUCUUUCCCCUCGGUGUUUUUCUCCUGAGACCUCCAGUGUUUGAACACCACAGUCUUCCUGCCGACCGGCCCUCCAUCCCACUCACACGACGAGAGAGGAGCUCAGGCGCCAUGUUUCCUCUGCGUGUCCCCCUAGUGGCCGUGUUCAUCAGCGUGGUUCUGAGUCAGAACUACGACUACGACUACCAGCCCAUCCCCAUGCGCGGCCCCUCGGGCCCCAACUGCAACCAAGAGUGCGACUGCCCCAUCAACUUCCCCACCGCCAUGUACUGCGACAGCCGCAAGCUGAAGUUCGUGCCGGCGGUGCCCACGGGGAUCAAGUACCUGUACCUGCAGGACAACCAGAUCGACGGGAUCAAGGCGGGAGUCUUCGACAACGUCACGGCCGACCUGCGCUGGUUGGUGCUGGACAACAACCAGAUCACCAACAAGAACAUCGAGAAGGGGACCAUCGACAAACUGACCGGCCUGGAGAAGCUGUUCUUCAGCUACAACAACCUGACCGAGGCGGUGGUCCCUCCGUCCAAGUCCCUGGACGAGGUGAAGAUCACGCACAACAUGCUGAGCAAGGUUCCCGCCGGACUGCUGAGCGACAAGGAGAACCUGACCUCCAUCAACCUGCAGCACAACCAGCUGACGUCGGACGGCAUCUCAGGGGCCUUCAAGGGCUCCAAGAAACUUCUGUCCCUGGACGUGAGCCACAACAAGCUGAAGAAGCUGCCGGCCGGCGUCCCCGAGUCGCUGGAGAUCCUGUACGCCGACUACAACGACAUCGAGGGCGUCCCAGCCGGCUACCUGGGCAAGGUGCCGGCGCUGCAGUACCUCCGGAUCUCCCACAACAAGCUGGUGGACUCGGGAAUCCCCGCCGGGGUCUUCAACGUGACGUCGCUGGUGGAGCUGGACCUGUCUUUCAACAAGCUCAAGUCCAUCCCUGAGAUCAACCAGCAGCUGGAGCAGUACUACCUCCAAGCUAAUGAGAUCAACAAGUUCGACAUCGCCAGCUUCUGCAAGUAUGUCAGCCCCACCGACUUCUCCCACCUCAAGCACCUGCGGCUGGACGCCAACAACAUCACGCAGAGCAGCAUGCCUCCCGAGUCCUCCAACUGCCUGCGCCAGGCCGUGGAGAUCAUGUUCGAGUGAGGAGCCCAACCUCAGCCCUGAGCAUGAUGGAUGUCGAGCAGGCCCCCACACGUCCCUCCCACUCCCACUCCUGAUUGACAAGUUAAUGACAAGCACCCGCUUCAGGUCUGUUCAGCUCCGCCUCCUAAAGCACCACGAGUCACUCUUUCUCUGCAGGUAAGCUAGUAGCAGUAGAUGCCGAGUAUCACACACUUUGAACAUUCCAGCUGACGCUCCAUGGACAGACACGGCCCGAGCCGCCGCCGCCGCGCGUGUCCGUCUUUGCGUCACCUUCUCGUCCGUCUUGUGUCUUUUGUCUCUUGCAUGUGUUGUGGAAACUGGGAAACGAAGCCGUUGCUGCGCGAAGGCCAAGCAACGAAAUGGACCGCUGGCUUCUGUGCCAGAGUCAGAGUCGCCCAGCGAUCAUAUAUCCCCACUUCUUUUUUGUGUAUUUCCCCUAGAGGCCGCAGUAGAGUUAGUCCCUGGCUGUCUGCCGUCCAUGCUGUGUACACAUAUGCGUUUCUUGCAUGCCUCCAGUCUUUGAUAAUAAACUCCAGCUUUUGCAGUGGCGCUGUUUCCAUGGUGAAAUGUUGAGUCCUACGGCGGCGCCUGCUCCACCACAGUCUUCCCUGUUGAACUCUUAUUUUGCUCUUGUUCUGUCCCGAUUGUGAGUGUUGGAACCUUCUCAUAACUGUGAGGAAGCCAGUUGAA